AAACCCAAUACAGAAUCAAGAUUUAGCAAAAAUCCUUCGAUCCCAUUUUUACGUCGCCUGCGCCUUUAAAUGUUGCGUGGUGUGGGUGUGACGUAGGGCUUGGAGGGCGUGGCCGGCCUGUGAAAUGUCAGGGAGGAAUGGCGCUCGGCGCGGUAUUUUGAACAAUCGCCCUUUCCUUUCCUCGUUUUAUCUAGAAACGUUGCCCUGCGCCAGAAUUUCCGAAUCAACAGAGACAUUGCAAGGAUGGAUGUGGUGUCACCAGAGCUCAACAGCCUCCUGCCUGAUGAGAUCAUGGAUACUGAGGCCAUAGAGGACGUCCCUCACUCUCAACCUGAAGCCACCACGGUCCAGUCAGAGGCCAGCGAUGACACAUCUGUCCCGAUGGAAACGGAUACGCCCGUGGCUUCAGAACAUUUGAGCUUGUUUUCAGAUGCCGCUUCGACAGAACACACUCGGGCUCUCACCACCUCCACGGCCACAGACUGUACAUUCAGCAUCAGCUCGGGAAGUCAAAUUCCCAUCUCCAUCUCCAGUUCGUCAUCGCCCCAUCUCAACUUCAAAUCGGUCCUGACUGCAACCACAACUGCUACCAAGACUACAGAUAGUGUGUCUGUGACUGACUGUACUGUCUCUACAAUUGGGUUACAGAAGCUCACGGCUCCGUUCACCAUCUCUCCCGCAAACCACCAGAUCAUUCUCAACAAGGUGGCCUCAUCACAAGCCACAGAAGCAGCAAAGUCUGCAGGCGCUCCCCCCCAGGUCAUCAAGCAUGAAGGACAAAAACUCUUGGUCACAGCAAUAGGAAAACCGGGGCAACCUAUAGUGCUGCAGUUACCCCACACGGGUGGCAAGCCUGGUGUUUCUCAGACUUCUGGAGACGCAAAGUCUCAAGCUCCGCAGUUUAAAGUGGUGACCAUUGGUGGGAGAUCGGAGCUAAAGCAGGUGAUGGGCAGUCCUGGCAACCAGGUGACCACAUUACAGGCCCAACAGCUGAAGGCUGUACAGAUUGCAAAGAAAACACCAGUAUCCUCCACUGCACCAAUCAAGUUCAUCAUCACAAAGACUGUCAGCAGCAAAGGCCUCAGUCCUCAGACAACAGUUUCCCCUGUCAUUGCUGGACGCGUCCUGACACAGAAUUCCGCAGUGAUGCCCCAGAGGACCAUAACUCUAACUGAGACCCACAACACUAGUUUACAGAGCAUCCCUGGCAAAAAGAUUGCCAUUUCACCGCUCAAGACUCCCAGCAAGGUGACUGUGGUGUCUGUGGCUUCACCGACCUCCAACUCCUCUCAGAAGUCCGUAACGCUGCCCGUCAACAUGGCACUCGGCCAGCAGAUCCUCGCAGUCCAGCAGUCCACGUCCGUGUCUCCAGUCAAGAUGGCCGCCGGCCAAACCACCGUGCAGAAUCUUAAACCAGUGCAGUCGGUGGCUGUGGGAGGAGUCGCCGGCUCCCAGUUCAAGACCAUCAUCCCGCUGGCCCACCAGCCGAACGUGCAGCAGAUUCAGGUGCCGGGAAGCAGGUUUCACUACGUGCGCCUCGUCACAGCGACCACAGCGAGCAGCUCGGGACAGCCCAGCGGUCCCAGCACCAGCUCCAUACAGACAGCUAAACCUAUGGUGGUCAGUACAGGAGCCGUGAGGAUGUCUGUCCCUAUCGUCCAAGCACAGACCAUGAAACAGGUGGCACCUAAGCCCUUGACGUCGGCAGCACAAGUAGUAACCACCACUCAGACCCAGCAACGCCUGAUCAUGCCCGCAACUCCACUACCCCAGAUCCAGCCCAACUUCACCAACCUCCCUCCAGGCACCGUCCUGGCACCAGCUCCCGGGGGCGGGAAUGUGGGCUAUGCAGUAGUGCCAGCACAAUACGUUACACAGCUCCAGCAGUCGCCGUUUGUGACUCUCGCCAGCACUGGCUUCACUGCGGCCCCUGGUAUCCAGACUCAGGCCAGGCUGCCACUUAAUGGUCUGUCGACCGCAGAAACGACAUCGAGACCCAGGAAACCAUGCAACUGCACCAAGUCCCAGUGUCUCAAGCUAUACUGCGACUGCUUCGCAAAUGGAGAGUUCUGCAAUAAUUGCAACUGCAACAAUUGCUUCAACAACCUGGAGCACGAAACGGAACGUCUCAAAGCUAUCAAGACGUGUCUGGACCGGAAUCCAGAGGCCUUCAAACCUAAGAUAGGUAAAGGCAAAGAAGGAGAAUCAGACCGCCGCCACAGCAAAGGCUGCAACUGCAAACGAUCGGGCUGCCUGAAGAACUACUGCGAGUGCUACGAGGCGAAGAUCAUGUGCUCGUCCAUCUGUAAAUGCAACGGCUGCAAGAACUUCGAGGAGAGCCCGGAGAGGAAGACACUGAUGCACUUGGCCGACGCAGCAGAAGUGAGAGUACAGCAGCAGACCGCAGCCAAGACCAAGCUGUCCUCGCAGAUCUCAGACCUACUCAUGCGGACGACACCUGUCAUUUCUAGUGGAAGCGGGAGGCUGCCGUAUACGUUUGUGACGAAGGAGGUGCUGGAAGCGACGUGCGAGUGUCUGCUGGAACAGGCCAAAAAGGCAGAACAGACUCACCAGCCUCAGGCCGAAGCGGAGAGGGUGAUCCUAGAGGAGUUCGGACACUGCCUCAUGAGGAUAAUCAGCUCGGCGGGGAAAGCCAAAGCAGACUGUGCCUCCAUCAACUGCUAGGCAGAGCGCUCGCGAAGGCACUCCACCCUCCACCCCCUCCCCUGCUGUGGGAGCCGUGAGGCACAGAUCACUCUGCCCUAGGUCUCGGACCCCUGGAGUUUCUCUGCUGUCUGCCUCGUCAGAAGACAGAACAAUGGCCUGAAAGCGAAAGGAUUCCCCUGCCUGGGCCGAGCUAAGGCCAGCUGGAAUAAUAGACACGGAACAGUUGUUUGCACUGUUCACCCUCCAACUGAAGGACAAAUGGACACCAGCUAUGGUGGCUCUGCCUUCAGAACUGUAAAUCACACUCUUUCAGCUGGCUGUGAUGGACAGAAAUGACUCAGCAAAGUAGUGCUGAACAGGAAUAUAAGUCCCCUCACUUUAUUUUCCUUACAGGGCCCUAUCAAAUCUGUGUUCUCCACCCUUUUGUUCUUCAAUUUUCUUUCUAUUUUUCCUUUCCUCUCUUUCCCAUGUUGAAGUUUUUUUUUUUUUUAAAGAAUGCUGGUAAUUUGUAUGUAAUCAGUACAUUUGUGCUUACAGUAGACAAGCAGAACAUGGAUCUUUUGAUAUUUAUUUUGACAAGUAUUUGUAAUAAUUGUGAGCGCUAAUAUUGUCUGGCUUAUAGUGCUGGAAACUGUUAAUUAUUAAUCCGCGGCUAGGCUAAAUCGUUUCAAUGGAAAUGAGUUGAGGUUUUAUCAUAAAUGCAGCUGUAAUAUGAAUGCACACACAUAAGGCAUUAUAUUCACACACACAUGGCACUGCUCAGAAUAGUUUGCAUAAACUGGCAGAGGUGCACAUUUCUUCUGGUGCUGCUUUCUAUUGUGUUGGUCACAUGCUUACUGUACAUUAAAACCACCAUUAAUUUGAGAAUAUUUCAGACUUGUUAAGUGUUCUUCCCGAUACUGGCUCCGAAGUAGUUCCUUUGUGAGCAAUCUACUCUAGGGCACAAAUGUACACAUGUCAGAGCAGGAAAAGUCAAUGGGGUGAUGAAUAACAUUAGAAAUGUUUGCAUUUAAUUGGCCUUUUCCCUCUUCCAAACUCCUGGUGUUCUGCUUGCCGGCUCACUGUCAUAACUCAGGGUGCCAGUAAACUGUUGGAACUCUUAAUGGGACUGAAAUAAGGCUGCAUCUAUUGGUCAAUUUUAUUGAUUUAUCUGCCGUUUUUUCUUAAUUGAUUGUUUUGUUUAUAAAAUGUCAGAAAAGAUCAGAA